UGUCAGUCUUAGAAGCAGUCAUACCAUGGCAGCCUGAUUAGCACUCGAGACAGCUGAUGGUCAAGGAAUGGAUUGUCAAGAGUGGCAUCAAGUCGCACCUGCGCAAGCAACCGCUCCCGGACAGCAGCGAACAGAACGUGGUGGCAAUCUUGAAGUCAGGUGAUAGCGUCUACGGCGAAUUCCUUUUCAUCAGGCGCGCCUCCAGGGAGUCCGGCUUCCUACAGCUGCGGCAGUUGGAGCCUCAAGGCGGCAGCAAGUGGCUGGUCUCCAGCUCUACUGGUACUGCGCUCUUGCGGAAACACCCCACAGAGGAGGAAGCCCAGAAUGUGGUGGGCUAUGCCAUGGAUGGUGAGCUGGUGGAUGGAGAGUUCCUCUUCUGCAUGCGGCGCGGUGAGAAGCGCGGCGGGUACGUCAAGGUGAAGCACUUGAAGCCGGUGAAGGAGCGCAGCUUGCGCAUUGAGCCCACGCCGGACCCCGUGGAGCUGGCGAAGCUGGCGCGAGCGCUCAGGAGCCCGGGCCACGAUGGCCAGCGCUGGGCCGUGCUGGACGCUGGCCAUGACGGCGCGUGGCUCCGCCGGAGACCCUCCAGUGAUCGCAGCCCCUCGAAUAUCUUGUGCCUCGUGCCCAACGGCGCAGUGGUGGAUGGGGAUUGGCUGUAUCUACAACGAGGAACAGAUCAAGGUCUUCUGCGCUUCAGGAACCUGCGGCAAGAGGGACCGAAGCUUUGGCGCCUCACCUGCGACGACCGGCUGCGCCCGUGCCCUCUUCCGUCGCGCGGUCCAUCGGGCGGCGAGGGUGUGGCAGUGAAGGCGGAGGAGAUGGUGGAAGGAGAAUAUGUCUUGGUGUCCUACAAGGAUGGGAAGCAUCAGGGCUACAUCAAGCGGCACUAUCUCAUUGCCAUGGCCCUGCCCUCCGCCUCCGCGCCCGAGCCGCCUGCGAAACGUGCAAGGACCGGUGAGCCGUGAGGAA